AUGGGUCAAAUUUUCGAUCGACAAGUUGCCGGGCCGACAAGCAAUAAUAAAAAUCAAAUCACAAAAGUUUCUGAUAUAUCUCAAUUACCACCUGAAUUAGCUUUACAAAUUCUUAAAAAUUUAAAUGCUACUGAUCUAUGUCUUGCUGCUUGUGUUUGGCAAACAUUAGCAAAUGAUGAAAUUCUUUGGCUUAGUUUAUGCAAAUCUAACUGGGCUUAUGCAUCAAUUUAUAAUCGAGCACGAAAUGGUGGUAUUUCAUUUCGUAAAGUUUAUUUGCAACUUGAUGAAGGCACAUUACGAUUCAAUGCCGGACAAGGUCUACAAUAUUUCAUUGAAAAUGAAUUGCUUGAUGAUACAUGCGAAGAAAUAAGUAAAUUUAUUCAUAAUACAAGAAAAUUACGAGCUACUGAAAAACGUAAAUUAUUACAAGCACGUCGUGAUAUAUUGGAACGUCUUAUUGAACUUCAAUCGUAUGAAAAUGAAUUUUUACCGAAUGCUUUACGUCAAUUCUUUACGAAACUGGAUGCACCGGAAGAUCGUAAUGAAUAUUUAUCUUUUUUAAUCGAAAAUUUUUCUAAACGUUUUCACGAAUGUAACAAAGAUCUUGGCUUAUCAAUCGAAACAAUUUAUGUACUAUGUUUUUCAUUAAUUCUUCUUUCUAUUGAUUUAACAUCACCACAUGUUAAAAAUAAAAUGUCAAAACGUGAAUUUAUACGUAAUACACGUCGUGCCAUAAUGAAUGGGACAUUAAGUGAUGAAUUAGCUGGUCAUCUUUAUGAUAAUGUUUAUUUAAUUGGACAUGUAGCCCGUUCAACUAUGACUGCACAUUAG